UGCAAUAUUCCUAAAAGCGGACAUUUUAUCAUUGCUGCAAUUCCACAGCAAUGAUGCAGCAACAUUUUGCAGUGAAUUUGCAAAGUUGCAAUAUUGCGGUGAAAGAUUGCUACAAUAUGUAUGCAAUCUUUGUGUGCUGUAUGGGAACUAAUAUUUUACCGUUUUCAAGUUUAAUCUUAAUAUGUUAGAUUUAUCGAUAAAAAUAAAGAUAUUUUUCAAUCAUACUUUACAAAAUUUUGAUGAUUAGAAAGCACAACACUUGUUCUUGCAACAGUAAACAACGUAAUGCUGAUGCUAGUACUUUCAAAUAAUUGAAACGAAACCUCUUUCUCUAAUGGUUCUGAUUACUACAAUUAUCGGUAGAUUGCUACAGUAGUUUUAGAAAUAAUGUCUAUUUUAUAUUAUAUUAGUACUCUUUUUUAUAUUAUAUUAUUUCUUACUUAAAUGUUUAAAUAAAAUAUACAAUCAUAUUACAAAAAUAUAUAUAACAUUUUUUAAUAUUAAUACAUAAUAUAGAAGAAUUAUAUUUUAUAAUGUGUACAUUUUUUAAUUCCCUCUUUUUUGUUUACUCAAAAUCUGGAUUGGGUUACGACGGAAUUGAUUUUAAGCGCAGAAAUAUUUUUAAAAAUGCAGAUAAAACAGAGAAUCACUCUAAUUUAUUAUGAAGGAAAGAUCACUUUCUUAAACACGAUCAAAUUCCGAUUAAGCCCGAUCAGCGAUAAAUUCAACUGAUUGUGAGAUAGCAAUUUUAAAUUCGUAUCGUUCCUAAUCUCUUCUCUCCCAUAUAUCAAACAACAAAGAAAUUAAUAAUUACAUCUCUAUUAAUGAAAAAAUUCUGCAAGUAUCGUUGAGCCGAUUAAAUUUAUCAGAAUUUGAUCUAGAGACGAACUCUCACACGACUUAUGUCUCGCCCGAUGAUCGUUUCCGAAUUAUUUCACGUACUGUAACAUAUAUGUAUAUGCGCGGAAUAUUAAAUUAUAUAAAUAUUUUAAAUUAUAGAUUAUUUAUCUAUUAAACGAUUGAUAUAUCACAAAGCCCUUCGUUAUAAGUUAAUUACUCGAUCCUGCGAUUUGAUUGAUUGUUUAAUUGCGCGUUUUCAAUCCGAAUCAUAUUUAGAUCAUCGAAAAGUUGAACGAUAAAGUAUUGGACAAAACAUAUUUAACUUUAAAUAUUGUUAAAGAAAUCAUUAUUGCCCAUAAAGAGAGAUAGCAACAACAUGAUGAUUUAUUAUUUUAGACUUCUGUCAUUACGCGCUUUCUUUACUUGAUUAAAUAUAUAAAUUACGCGAAAUACGCUCUUUGAAUUGUCGCCAUAUAUGUAGUUACAUCGUAUUUCUGAAAGUUAAUUACUCAUUAAUAAUAUUAAUAAUAUGAAAUUAAAUAAAUAAAUCAAGUGUAACUCUUUUUAAAGUAGUGACGAGUAUCUUCACAGAAGAAAAUGAGUCACAAGUGGAAUGUAGUAGAUGAAAAAUAAUGGUUCGGCAAAAAUGCAUAAUUUAAAUGAUUAAGGUUGAUGAUCUUUCUGAUGGUCACUAAUCACAAAUACGCAAGCGCGUUAUAAGUCGCUCGAAUCGAACCGUAUGAUAUUAACGCUUCAGUCCAUCAAGAACGCCGUGCAUGAAUAGUAGACCCUCAAGUGCAUACAUAGUAUUUAUAUAUAUAUAUAUACUUUCAUAGAAAAAAGUGAGCAUUUAUUAACCAAAAGUUUUAUAAUUUGAUGAUAUGUAAGAUGCAUCGUGAUUGGUUAUAAAAAGAUAUUUUGAAAAGUAGUUUUAGGAGAGAUUUGAUGAUUGAUGUAUUAAUCAAAUUUCAAAAAAUGAUAUACGUAAGGAAAUGUUGAUUCGAUUAGCACAUCGAUAUUAUUCAGAAUAUCGAUAAAAUCACUAUUCAUAGUUAACCCGCCAAAGAUUGCACGGAAACUGAUUGAGCGCCAGUAUUUACAAAAAAAAAAAACAACAUUAUCAUGUCAAAAACGAUAUUAUGUGUUUUAUUAAAAGUGUUAAUAUUAGCGAAAGCGGUUAUCAUGUCAAAGUAUUCGGAUUCAGACUCCAUACAGGAUAUUCCAGUAUCCGAGAACAACGAUUCAUCAUUCACAACGAGCCAUCUUGAUAGUGUGAAUGUAAGAAACAAAAUUGAUGAGAUUCCAUUUGCAAAUAUGUCUGUGAUCUUAGAAUCUCUUGUAAGCAUUUGGAGCAAACCAACAUCCUCCAGAGCAUUUGUAGAGUUCCAUAAUGGAUUUCUAAAUGAAGAAGACAACAUUUCUGUGACAUUCAGAUGGAACCAACCUGAAUUUAUAGAGAAAUUAAUACAAGGAUAUACAGUGCAGUGUUGGUUCAUCGAGAACCAAAAAAAGAUUCAAAUUUGCGACAACAAAAAUAUCUCAGCUACAAUAUUAGAGUGCACGGUGCACAAUGUAAAACCUAACACGACGUACUUCUUUCAAGUACAAGCGCAUACUAAAGUUGGUUCCAGCCUUUACACAGAUUUGAUUAAUGUAUCGACUACGCACGAAAAUCCAAUACCGCAAUUAUUGAUAGUAUCGGAUAAUGAUAUCCAUAUAUGGGAUGUGGAUUCAAAUACCAACGAAGCUCGUAAGGAAAAUAACGUAGUAGAUGCCACUUAUUCGAUAGCGGAACGUAACAUUUAUUGGAGCAACUCUAUGACAGAACUAAUGAUAUUGAAUAUAAAUGAAAACAAAAUUACAAAAAUAGUUAAGCUUCAAAGUAUUGCGUACCAUCUCUGCAUUGACUGGGUAGCAAGAAAUCUGUACUGGAUAGAAUUAGACAAUUUAAAUUUUGGUAACAUCAUAAAGUUCGACUUAACAAUGUGGGAAAAUGGCAUAAUCAAAUAUAAUAAAAUUUCAGAAAUAAAAUCCUACAAAGUUUUUUUUCCUUUAAAUGUAAUACCAUCUAGAGGGUAUGUUAACUUUCAUCCAAAUGAAAUAAUUGAACAAUAUUUUCAUUAUUGGACAAAUUACGCUACAUAUGAUAAACCUGAUGUAUUACAAUCGGAUCUUGAUGGAAAAAACGCUCAAAUAUUUAAGAAAAAUUUAUUUGUUAUAUUCCCUUUCUCACGGGCAAAUAAUUUUAUUUUUGACAUAAAAAUUGUCGACAUGAAUACUAAGAAGCCACUAAUUUACUGGCUAAUAGAAGAUCUCUUGAUUGUGACAGACAUUAACGUUUCUAUGUGCAAUUUGACUUUACAAGGCAAAGAAUUUUUAGAAUAUUUCUGUUGUUUAAUAAUUGACAAGACAAACAUUUACAUUUCUAUACUUAACAAAGAUUAUAUAUAUGUUUUGAAAAAAAAGUAUGCACUUCUCGAGAGCGUAGACGCAUUCAAAUACAUCCAAAAAAUAAAAACGUCUAAGGAGAUUCGUCAAUUGUGUGCUUUCGGUGAAUCAUUGCAAUCGUAUCCUCCGAUAAGUUGUCUGACACCUGACAAAAUAGUUUACAACAUAAAAGUAUUGAUGGUAACGGCGAAAAGUAUCAUUGUAAAUCUUCCGGAACCGGUCUUCAAGAGUGGAUGCAAAAGAUACAACUUACCUACAACUCUAUACACCAUCUACAUAAGCUAUCGUUUGGAUAAUGAGUCUAACAAGUUCAAUAAUUUUACCGUGCAGACGUACAAGCGAUAUUACGAAAUUCGGUAUUUAACGCUGUUUACAGAGUACAAGUUACUGCUAGCCCUAAGCAAUUUUUACUCUGAUCGGUUAUCGAUGGACCCGUUAUUCGGCUCAGAAGUGAUACUGACAACUAAACCGAUCAAGCUCGACGCACCGGAAAAUGUGACAGUUGAGGCUCUGACACCUACUAUAGCGGCAGUUUAUUGGAUGCCGCCCAAGAAACUGAGAUCCGUGCGCGUGAUCUACGAAGUAUCAACAUCAAUUAAACAAUUGGUAACCAUUACGCGACAGAUAAGCCAGUUCUUAUCUAUAGAUAAAACCAAAUAUAUGAUAGGCAAUACAUUUUACACAAUAAUCGAACCAUUGACACCAGGACAGAAAUACACGGUGUAUGUACGUGUGUAUAUACCGUUCAACGAUUAUUAUAGUGACAGUUCGAGUAAAACUUUGUACAUGUAUUCGCAACCAAACAAUAUAAUUUUAAGCGAUGCUAGCAUAAACAGUAUGAAUAUCUUGUGGAUUCCUAGCGUUAAUUUGACAAUUAAUUACGUAUUGGAAUACAAAAAUGUUAAGAUUGAGAGACAGAAGUGGCAAAUAGCAAACAAUUCUAAGCAAAAUAAUAAGGGAGAAGUAAUGUACUAUAUAAAAAACUUAUUACCAGGAACUCUAUGCAAGUUUCGUUUGAUACUGAGAUACCCCAAAUAUCAGAAAGACUUUAUAUGGCUAUCUGAUGAAAGAUUCACUUUUUCAACACUGAGUAGCAACACAAGUGAUAUUUCAAGCAGUCCUGGAAUAUACAGUGUAGUUACACAAUAUUACCAAUAUAUUAUAUCAAGCCUUGUCGCUAUGGUUAUUGUAAUUUUCAUCUACUACUAUUAUCGACAACGUAAAAAAAGUAACAAGCAAGUUUUGCCUCUGACAAUGAGCGACAUCGAAUUAGAGACUUUACAUGAGAUACCCAAUGUUCCUAAUGUUCAACUCAACACGUUAUACAAUCCUAUGUUAGAAUAUAAUUUGGAUAAAUAUGCACUGAUCGAAAUCAAACGUGAAGAAAUUAGACUAGAAAAACUUUUAGGCAGCGGCGCAUUCGGAAUGGUGUAUCAAGGAAAAGUAAAAAAUUUAGAAAAACCGGACAUAGAGAUAUCCGUUGCUAUUAAAAUGCUCCAAAAAAAUGCUUCUUCGCAAGAGAAAAAGAAGUUUUUAGAAGAAGCAAAGCUUAUGAAUCACUUUCGACAUAAACAUGUGUUAAGAUUGCUGGCCGUCUGCUUAGACGAAGAUUCUCCAUUGAUCGUUUUGGAAUUAAUGGAAACUGGUGAUCUGCUACAAUAUUUGAGAGAUAGUCGGAAAUUGCAACUGUCAGAUUCGCACGCUCUGCGUCUGCAAGAUUUGUUCGCCAUGUGCGAAGAUGUUGCGCGAGGCUGUUGUUACUUGGAAAAUCUGCGUUUCGUUCAUAGAGAUCUCGCUUGUCGAAAUUGCUUAGUAUCCGCGAGAGAUCGUGAAAACCGUGUCAUCAAAAUCGGCGAUUUUGGACUAGCUAGAGAUGUUUACAAGGAUGACUAUUAUAACAUGAAAGGACAAGGUCGGCUUCCUGUUUGCUGGAUAGCACCGGAAUCUUUGGUAUAUGGUGGAAUAUUUACUUCCCAAAGCGACGUUUGGUCAUUCGGGGUUCUCAUGUGAGAAAUAACAUCAUUGGGUGAGCAUCCCUACAUUGGCAGAACUAAUCUGGAAGUGAUAGAUUAUGUACGCGCUGGAGGUAGGUUGCCGAUGCCUCUAAAUUGUUUACCGACUUUGUACGAGUUAAUGCUGAAUUGUUGGAGUCCAGCAAAUGAUAGACCAAACUUCAAACUUUGUCUCAAAAAUAUUAUAGCUCUAAGAAAUAACAUAGAAGAUACCUUACUGAGUCCAAUGGAUAUUAUCUAGCCGAUAAAAUUUAAUUAAUUAAUGACGUUAUAUUCCAAAUGAUCCAAUGAGAAGCUCAACGUAGGAAAAAUAAUUGGAAGUAAUUAAUAUUCUGCCGUUUUCAAGUUUAAUCUUAAUAUGUCAGAUUUAUCAAUAAAAAUAAAGACAUUUUUCAAUCAUACUUCACGAAAAAUUUUGAUGAUUAGGAAGCACAGCACUUGUUCUUGCAACUGUAAACAACAUGAUGCUGAUACUAGUAUUUUGAAAUAAUUGAAACAAAACUUCUUUCUCUAAUGGUGCUGAUUACUAUAAUUAUCGGUAGAUUGCUACAAUAAUUUUAGAAAUAAUGUCUAUUUCAUAUUAUAUUAGCACUUUUUUUAUAUCAUAUUAUUUCUUACUUAAAUGUUUAAAUAAAAUAUACAAUCAUAUUACAAAAAUAUAUAUAACAUUUUUUAAUAUUAAUACAUAAUAUAGAAGAAUUAAAUUUUAUAAUGUGUACAUUUUUUUAAUUUUCUGAAUUUUUUUAUUCUUUUGACUUUUUUUCUACUCAAAAUCUGGCAGUACGAUUGAAUUGAUUUUAAGCGCAGAAAUAUUUUUAAAAAUACAGAUAAAAAAGAGAAUAUAACAAAUCACUCAAAUUUAUUGUGAAGCAAAGAUCACUCUUUUAAACACGAUCAAAUACCGAUUAAGACCGAUCAGCGAUACUUUUAAUUGAGAUAGCAAUUUUAAACUCAUAACUUUCCCAAUCGCUUCUCUCCCAUAUAUCAAACAACAAAGAAAUUAAUAAUUACAUCUCUGUUAACAAUGAAAAAUUACUGCAAGUAUCGUUGAUGAGCCGAUUAAAUUAAUCGGAAUUUGAUCUAAAGAUGGACUGUCACACAGUCUAUAUUUUGCCCGGCAAUCCGUCAUUCGUUGCCGAAAUAUUUCACUAUGACAUAUAUAUACGCGGAAUAUUAAAUUAUACAAGUAUUUUAAAUUAUAGAUUAUUUAUUUGUUAAACGAUUGAUGUAUCACAAAGCCUUUCGUUAAGUAAAUUACUCGAUCCUGCGAUUUGAUUGUUUAAUUGCGCAUUCUCAAUCCAAAUUAUAUUUAGAUCGUCGAAAAGUUGAACGAUAAAAUAUCGGACAAAACAUAUUUAUCUUUAAAUAUUGAUAAAGAAAUAAUUAUUGUCAAUGAAGAGAGAUAGCAACAACACAAUGAUUUGUUAUUUUGGACUUCUGUCAUUACGUGCAUUCUUUACUUGAUUAAAUAUAUAAAUUACGCGAAAUACGCUCUUUGAAGUUUAUUGUCA